UGUUCUGUAACACAUGAGACCUAAGGCAUAGUUGAGACACCGACCAGUGUGGAUAAUCAAACAUAACAGCGGACUGACAACAGAAGAAAUUAUACACAUUUUUUUAAUACUGGUGUUUUAGUGAAGAUUAAAAACAAUAAAGGUAAGGUUUGGCGAAUAAGCUACUUCAGGCAAGUGACUUAGAAUGCCGAACACAGUUGAGAUUCCGGCCCCAGAAUAUGUGGCCAGAUACCCAUCACUUCGUAAAGUCCAGUUGGCUGCAGUAAAAGAGGGACUUUAUCACCCUAAGCUGCCCACCUUUCGCCGAAUGGACAUGGAUACAGCUGCCCAUCAGCUUCCAGACGAACACUGUAGAACUACAACUUUAUGUGGACCUGCUGACUUCAACAACGCCCGUGCCACGUACUUCCGUCCAUCUACUAAACGGUAUACAGGAGCAGUGAGUAUGGGCCUAUUGUUUCCAUCAUCAUAAUUAUCUUCAUCAUCAUCUUCAUCAUCAUCAUCGUCAUCAUCUUCGUCAUCAU